AUGUGUGGAAAGGAUCAGAAACACAAAAUGAAUUGCACUAUGUAUAGUCUGUCUGUUCUUACCAGCAAAAGUAAUAUUGAAGAUGAAAAAGAAAUCUCUUCAGUUUUUGAAUUAUGUUCAACCAUAUGUUUGAAUGUUCAUUUAAAGUUUAAUAAUCCAGAAGCUCAGAUUGCUUUAAAUAAACUAAAAGAGCUGAAAAGUAAAUGGCUUUCCCUUUCUCAAAAGAAAUCAUCAAGCAAUAGUCCAAAGCUUCAUACUGUCACUGAAGAUCGUAGUGCAAUUAUUGCAACAUUUGAUUACGUCUGGGACUGUAUUAAUUAUACAUGUGGACUUUUUGCUGAUGUAUUACACUAUGCAAAUCAUGGAAUUGUUUAUGCUAAGCCACAAAUAUUACCAUCUGAAACAUUCAUUAGCAGCAUUCUUCCAAAAGUGAAUGAGAAAAUAGGUGUUUUGUCUGAGAAAAUGAGGAUAUUAAUAUCAUCAAAUGAAUUAGCAAAUGGAAAUAGGAAAAUAAUUUCGGACAUGAAGGAUGCUUUAUAUUCGUACACGGACGGCAUCGGUAUACAGUUUCCUAUGUCUCCACCAAAAAUUGGAUUUACUAUUAAUGCAUUGAAAGAAUUUUUUGUAAUGCCUGAAAAUAAGCAACUACUGGAAAAUGGAUGUGCACAAUUGUUACAGUUUCAUUCAAAAUUAAAAAUGUUAAUGAGGCAUUCAUGAAGGAGUAUAUGUAUAUGUUGUAAUAUAUAAAUAUUUGUAAAGACAUUCAUCAUAAAAUACAUCUGUUAAUAAAGACUAAGAUAUUUGGAAUUGUAAAAA